AUAAGUCUAUGCACUGCAGAGAACUACGUUGGUGUGGAAAUGGCAGUCUGCAAAGACAAUCUAAAGUUAUUAUCUAAUUGCUGCCAGUUUUCUGUCCUGUAGGCACACCCAGGGAGAGUCUGACAUAUAGUACACCCUGUUAAACUCUUGUCAAGUAGAACGUAGCUGAAUACAUGAUUGUCUGUGUGAGUGCAAGCUUAUGUGCAUUGGUGGGAAAAUUCAAAGACCUAAGUUGACCGUUUACGUACUUCAUUCUUACAUGAUCUUCUGGGAUGGGAAGAUUGUGAGCAAAGAUGCUUUGGAUGGUAUGAGGAUGGAAGCACAGUCCUGUAUGGACCACUCAAUUCUGGCCAUCUUUGAAGACUCAACUGUUGCUGCAGAGGAUAGCAUCGAAAUGGAAGGAGGGACCGAUUCCAGCUUGCUGACAGCCCUUACCGAGAUACUGGACAAUGUGGAAGAUGAUGAGAGGGCCCUGUCUCCCUUCAAAAUACUGCCCCACCAUGAGCUCCUCACUGACCAGGAGCACAGGAACAGUUCUCCGUUGAGAACACUGUUCAAUCUUGCUGGAUCUCCACCUGUGAGAGACCCUCUUUGUAGUUCCUCCAAGUCCUUUUUGUCAUCAGUAAAGAGAAAAUCCAAUGCUAGUAGACCUAGAAGGCAUCGACUGAGACCCCAAAAUAUUGUCCUCACGCACGGGAGUCAUGGAACUGGAGAAGACCGAAGCAAAGGAAAAGGCUGCCGACAGCCACACGGAGUCCUGCACCCCCAUCAGAAAUCACUGACAGAUUCGCUUGAAGUUGAACCUCAGAAACCAGAGGCUGAAAUACAGGUCUUCACCUCAAUGUCUUUAGUCAACCUGGUGAAACUCAUGCACCCCUACUGUCUCCGCCUGUGCGUGGAGGAAGAGGGGAAAGGUUGGGUAAACACACCCAGACACAAUUCCUCCUUGUGGGACAAACUGAGCACAGACCACACAUUAUCCUCACAGGGAGAGAUAUUGAAGUAUGAGAAACCCUCUGGGGACAGUGACGAAGAGAUAAAUGUUGACAUGUCUGAUGACGAGGCACCUUUGAAAGAGACAAAGACAGGAGAAGAGGGGGUUAAACGUACAGUUGCGGUGCCAAAGAGUGUGUUGGUGAAUCGGGACACAUCCAUAACGCUGCCAUCCAGGGAGAAGAAAAAAGUGAGCUUUGGUGCGGUUCAGGUGACCUCGUUUGAAGCCCCUGCGGAAGACAUGUCCAAUCCAAACGAGCUGACAAGAGAUAUAAAGGAGCAGCCAAGCGAAAUAACUGCCUUAGGUCCACUUGGCAGUGCUAGACCACUUGAAACUCUCACUUACAAGGCACCAGAGACCCUUUCAGCAGCCCCAGCAGAGACCAGGAAGGACAAAACUGAAGUUACUGAGGCGCUACUUACUCUGCCAUCACAGGCAAAGCCCAAACCUCUCAGUCUGCAACAGUAUAGACAGCUCCGCCAGAAGAGACUGCCCCUGGUGGAGAGACAACGGAACUACAGCACCAAGUGGCCCUCCCUACCCGAGCCCCCCAAAGAGCUGACACCUAUCCCCUGUUUACAGGGACUGAGACCUAACAAAUGGGGACCAGAGGCAAAACACCUUCACACAUCUGCCACUGAAAUCUGUAAUGAUCGUUCCAACAGAGUCAAAAAUUCAGAUUACAAAACUUCAUCCUGUCAUGCCUCAUUACAUUCCAAGGACAAUUCUGUGGAAGCUGAACCUUCAAAUCAUUUACAUCAUACUGGACGGAAGUGCCCAAGGACUGAAUCCAAAAUCCCCUCACCUGUCAGUCCAGUCUCAAGUCUUUCAGCUACAGCAUGUGUAGAUGUUUUUCAAAGCAGGAUAAUUCCAGAAAAAACAUCUCUAUUGCUGAGUAGUGACCCUCCUAAUCCUGUCCUUCUUACGCUGCCUGUUAUUCAGUCAUCCAGGGAUAGCACUAGCAAACCAGCAUCACCAACCACUACCCAGCCCUCCCUUGAACCUCAACGCAAAUCGUGGUUCCUUGACAGGAAGUCUAACCUUAAGAGCACCAGCCUCUUGCGAGAGAUACAGAAAACAUUCUCCAACCAAGCUCCUAAAAGAGGGUUGUCUUCUCUGGAGCCAAAAUCGAAGGAAUCAUUACUAAACCAGGAUCCUAACACACAGGGCGCAUACAUCCCUAAGGAAAACAACAAUAAAAUGUUGGAACAUCCACUAAAUCAAAGUCCUGUCUCUGUUGGGUCUCCAGCAAAGUGCCCGACCCCAACAAUAAACAAACCUAUUUCACAGUGCACAAAACCACAAUCUCAACAAUGCAGUCGAAUCCAAACCGAAGAUAAAAUACUUUUUCCAAAGUAUAUUCCAUCCUCAAAUCCAGACACGACAAAACAAGAAAAGUGUCCUUCUGGACCAAAUCAGCCCCCCACACCUAUUAACACAGCCAUCCCAAUACAGCAAAUCUCAACAUCCAUCUGGUGCCUGCCCUCUGAGAAACCGUCCUCCCCUGUCCAUCUUAGCUGUACAGCUAAGACCCAAACAGAUGACUCAGGAAUAGAAGCCCCUGAUCUGACCAGCCUGCUGGAACAAUUUGAGGAAACACAAGAAGUUCAUGGGUUAUUGUGUGCUGGCUUCUUAAACAAUGAAAAAAGACUCUGCACUUCACCACCAGGUUUAGCUAGCAUUCCCAAACUGGCUAGUCCACCUCAGUCUGUCAACCUGCAGCUGUUAAGUGUUACAGGACUUGAGGAAACUCAAACUGUGGAACCAGAAAUACCCCAUGGACAAGUAGGGAUACCAUCUGUGGUACCUGCUGAGAUUCCAGCUCAAGAAUUAUGUAGCACUUCAGAAAUGCUUGGCACUGCAAAACCCCUUGGGAUUGUACAACCUCUUCAAACGGUGGAAUCUGCACAAAUACCAGAAUCUCUCAGCAUCGAUGUCAUUCUUGGCACUCCUGACCACACUACUGUUAAACAUCCCUGGCAGCUUUCUCAUUCACCAGCUCAGAGGAAGCAGCUGGCAAAACCUAAAAGUCCCACGUUCAAAGCCAUUCAACUAAUAGACCCCCGUCCUUUACUGUCCAAGAAGACACACACUAGUCCCCCAAAAUCUCCUGCCACCCACACCUCUGCUCAGAGAUGUUUACCUGUAUCUGUAUUCCUUGACCAUGACUAUUGUGUAUCUAAGGAUCAAUUGGUUAUAAAUGCUAUGCUGUGUAGUAAAAAUCAGGCUUCUUCCACUAAGGGUACUUUGAGCCUCACAAAUGAAAUGCAUGCAAAUGCCAUUGAUCCACAUGCUACUACUGCAUGUCAGAAAUACACUACAUCUUGUGAAACACAUGCCACUGUAGAGCCUGUUAAUCACUCUGAAUGUGUGCUGCAGCAUCCCUCAGAGGACCAAUGGGCUGGUUCAGAGACUUUUUCAGAAAGCACCGUGGCUAUGCAGGAGUCUGGUCUUUAUAGUGAUAUCAGUGAAGACAGGAAAAAGCCACACCGUCCCGUUUUCCCCCGCAGCCCUCCUAACAGAGGGAGGGAGAGGAAAGCAACCAAGAAAUACCGGAGAAGGUCCCCUCCGUCUGAUUCAAGCUUGAGCUCUCCUUCAUCAUCUUCAUCAUCAUGUUCCUCCUCCCGGUCCAGGUCUCGUUCUCCACAAAGAAAGAGGAUCCGCCCCAAGCGUUCAGAAAGCAGUUCCUGCUCAUCAUCUUGUUCUCGCUCACGCUCCAUCACUCAUUCCCCACCUCGGAGGUACAGGUUGUCCUACUCCACAUCACAGUCCAGCAGGUCAAGGUCAAGGUCCAGGUCCUGGUCCCAGUCCCAGUCCAGGUCUCCAUCAAGAUCAAGAUCACCAUCCCCUCGUAACCAUCGCAAACACUGGAGAGAUGUGUGCAGCCCAAUGUAUUGUCGCAAAAGCAACACAGAGUCCAGAAGGUGCAAAAGACUGCAUGAGAAAAGGAUUGAGAAACUAAAAGCUAUAGAAGAACGCAGGGUGGUAUAUGUGGGCCGUAUCCAAAGGCAUAUGACACACAAAGAGCUAAAAGAACGCUUCUCUCUAUUUGGAGAGGUAGAAUGUGUUUCACUUCACUUCCGGGACAGAGGUGACAACUAUGGAUUUGUCACAUUCUAUAACAUGGCGGAUGCAUUUGCAGCCGUUGAAAACGGCAGUAAACUGAGAAUGCCUGAUGAGCUGCCAUUGGAUAUCUGCUUUGGUGGGCGACGACAGUUCUGCAAAUCAGACUAUGCUGAUCUAGAUUCCAGUAGGGAUGCAGACCCAACUCCUGCCAACAACAGGUUUCAGCAACUUGACUUUGAUUCAUUAUUGAAGCAAGCCCAGAAAUGUUUAAAGAGAUAGCAGAAAUUUGAAGAAGAGCAAGAGUUGAUGGAGAGCGACUUCACUCGAAACCUGAGGGCUCUAUGCUCACUUCUGUAGCACACUUUUAUAUUUUAACUGUAUUUCAUUCAUUCAGUCAUUCAUCUUCAUCCGCUUCUCUGGGGUCGGGGUCAUGGUGGCAGCAAGCUAAGUAGCGCACUCCAGAAAUCCCUCUCCCCAGCAACACCCUCCUGGUCCUCCUGGGGGAUCCCAAGGCAUUCCCAGGCCAGAUUGGACAUGUAGUCCCUCCAGCGAGUAACUGUAUUUUUACUGUAUUUCUGUUUCAUUUUUUGACUUAACCAUGCAUGUGAAAAAUAACAUACUUUCAAACAUGUACAACAUUGUAGCACAAUUAAUUGAAAGAAUUUAUCAUAUCUUUAAUGACUUGAUUUGAAAGUAUUAUUGUCUUGCAUAUGAGUGUUUUUAAGUUUCUUAUAUUUGUAUAUAAAUUUUUGACAGAAACGAACGUCUCUUGUUUUGGAAUAGGCUGCUUUGUAAGUGUAUUUCAGUGACAGCUCCAAAGUGUUAAGUAUAAUAAACACACUAUUGACCUUUUCCUGAACAUGAACCAUCAAGCAAUGUG